AUGAAGCAUAAAUUAUCAACCUGUGAUUCUCCAUCAUCCUUUAAGCUUCGCAGGUUGGAAGGAGGAUGCUCACGGAUCCAUCAUAAAGGAAACUUAAUCAACUCACUACUUGACCUCAGUGCUAGAGUUGUAGCUGAAUAUCUACCGUUUGAAUAUGUGGAACGCAUGUUGGUUCACAUACCAGAACCUGUACAGGAGAAAAUCAUUUACUACUCUUUUCCUCAAAGGGAUAGUGAUAUUUAUACAUAUGCAUCCUUUCACUCGAAGACUGAUAAAACCCGUGACAAGAUUCCAUAUUAUCAAGGACUCGAAUACUUCCUGAAUAACUAUGUGGAAAAUGUUAUUCAGAUCGGAUUUCACUUGACUGGAUCUGUGCGGCAACAGCCUACAACAUGCAUUUCCGAAACGGAAGGAAACAAAUUUAAAGUUUCUAUAACUUUUGACAGAUGCAAAAUAAUAUCGGUUUGCUGCGACUGUGGUAAUAAAGGGUUGUCAUGGUGUCCUCAUGUUGUUGCUCUCGCCUUGUUCCGAAUAAGACAGCCCCAUCUUGUGGAUUAUCGUUCACCUAUUUCAGAUGCUUUGGUCCGUAUGAAUCGUAGUCAACUGCAGAAAUUCGCUCAAUACUUAAUUGCUUCACAUCCAAAUAAAAUCCUGCCAAGUGCACAACAAUUAGCUGAUCAAUUACUUCAACCAGAAUCAAACAUCAAUAAAACAUCGGGCGCUCCUGAUCCAACAGCUGGUGGUAGUCUACAAGAUGUUGCCGCAUGGUAUCUUGAUGAAGCAGGUGUACGUGAACAACUACGUGUGGAAUUAACUAAUCUUGCAAGUAAUGGAUUAUAUGGAACAAAUCACAAUGUAAAUAAUUACGAUUAUCAUCUGGUGGACGAUAGUAAUACCACAAACAGAUCAUCAACAUCAUCUUCAUUUAUACAAAGAUCUAAUAGUUCACAUCGAUCAUAUCCUAAUUCGUCCACGUCACUUGGUAUCGAUUCAGGGAUGGGAAGUCAAAAUGAUAUUGACUAUAACGAUUCAACUGAAGUUGGCUUAGACUGGUUACUUAGAUAUCGUCGACUAACUUUAAAUCAAAAUCUUCUUAUUGGAGGUGGCGUCAGCAAUAUUGGUGGGAAUAAUAACACAUGUACCAAUUCUUAUACUCUAAAUGGCUUAGAUUUAGCCCUUAAUAACUAUAUACCAUUGUCAAUUGAUCAUUCACAAUCAUCGUCUACUACAUCGAAUAACACUACUACUAAUCUUAAUGCCAAUAAUAAUAAUAAUAAUAAUAAUAAUGAUCAUAACAAUAAUCAUACUAAUAAUAAUAAUCGUCUUUAUUAUUCAUCAACUUCACCAUUUCAUCAUUAUUAUUAUUGGCCUAAUUCAAUAGAUACACAAUUUGAUUCUAAUUUACAUCAUUGUGAUAAUCAAUUAAAUAAUGGUAACAAUUGUAAUGGAACACAAAUUCCUGCUAUGUUUGCUAAAGUUCGUGAAUUAUUAGCUAAACGUGAUUCAAAUGGUCCACGUCUAUUAAGUUUAAUAACAGAAGAAUUAUUAAAUUGUUCUAAAUUGCCAGUGAUAAAAUCCAGACGUAAUCAAAGGAAUGCAACAAUCGAUGUACCUAGUCGACUACAAACAAUUGCUACUCCUCGUAUAUCUCAUGGUCAACAAUCAUUAACUGAUCGUCAAUAUUCCAACGAAGCACUACCAACCAACUCGGUUAAUAAUGGUUAUAAUCAUAGUUCAUCUACUUCUCUUAAUCAAUCUCCACCAUGGACUGUACGCUUAUGGGAAGAAGUCUGUUUAUUAUGGACAUGUACAAUGGCGUUAUCGAUUUUAACUUGGGCACGUGCUAAUCGUUGUCCUCGUGACGAGUCCUAUUCAAUUCCUAGUCAUUUCCUUACAUCUAUACAUGAAUUAAACGAUGUAGAUGAUGAUGUUCCUGGACAAAAUCAACAAUCACAGCAAAAUCAACCAUCUUGUCAACAAUCAACUCGUCCUUGCAGACGUGCUUCAGUCUUUCGUUUGCCAAUUGAAGCUAGUUAUAUGUCUUGGGAUGAUGUCUGGUGGAAUCAUCUCUCUAUUCAUGAUAUGAAAUUAAAUAAACACGAACAUGAACAUCGUGAAGAUACAAAUGGAGGUCGACAAAAUCACUCAACAAGCAUCUCUGUAGAUGAGAGUAGUAGUGAUUGUGGUAGGAUAUUCCGACGACCAUCUUCAAUUACUCCUAGACGAUCGAUUGGAUUCAACAGUCGAUCAUUUCAAUCAAACUCUUCUCCAAGAGAAUGUCAAUGUCCUUAUUGUGAUCAUUCAGGACCACUUAAUGAACCAUUUCCAUUAUUGUGUUUACGUGUAGCAGCAUUACGAAGUAAUGGUUAUUUAAGUCAAGCGUUGCAACUUGCUGUGUUUAUUAGUCAACGUUUAUUACGUUCGGUUAAAAUGAAAACUUCAUUGGCUGCAACUUCAAUUAUUAAUAAUGUUCAACGUAGUCCUCCACAAACAUUUCCUUCACAUACAUCAUGGAAUAAUAAUUGCCAUCCUAAUGAUAUUGUAGCACGUCGUAUGCUGUUCAAUACACCACCAAAUGGACAAGCACUUCGGGUAAAUGGUAUAAGUCCACAUAAUGUAAUGCAUAAUUCUGGAUCACGAUAUUUGUCUUCACCAAAUAUGCCUCCUUCCCCGUCAAUGAUACCAAAUCACGGGAAAUUCUCUCCUUCUAAUCGGCUCACAUCACCUAGACCAGCAUCAUUAUCUCCACCAGUGAAUGUCACUCAUCAUUCACGUCCUGUCUCUACUAGACGUCAUGGUCUUUCACCGAAUUCAAAUCCAAGUCCUGGUCCAUCUUGCACUAAUCAUCAAUCAAUUAUUAUCAAUAAUAAUAAUAACAGUAGUAGUGGUAGUAAUAGUAGUAACAAUAACAAUACCAGUAAUAAUAGUAAUAAUUGUUGGUCUAAUCAGCCGUCUUAUGUAUAUAAAUCAACUUCAUCCUGUCAACAAUAUGGAAAUCAAUCGCAUCCAUUUAGUUCACCACAUUGUUCACCUAUACCGCCUGCAUCAAUCUCUCCAGUAUCAUUUCAUAAUCCUUAUCAGCCUACGACCACAAAUCAUCAUAGCUAUCAUAAGCAUAUACCCCAUACAAAUUCGCCUUAUUCGUCUUAUUCGUGUCCACCACCACCUCACGGUAUCGGGAGUUCAGUUGGUUGUGCCAAUGGUAGCAGUAGUAAUAAUAUAAUGAUGAUGAUGCAUCCUAGUCAUCAUAAUCGUUCUAUAAACUCUCCAACUCCAAUGAAUAGACACGUUAAUGCAAGACCACUUCCUUUGUCAUAUUCAACUAAUCCUAAUGUGUUUGCCGGUGAAUUCCUCCCAAUCACUGAAACUGAUAUUAAUUGUGGUUUAAUUUCAACAAAUUGUCCUAGUCAUACAGAUGUUGGUUGGAUUGGUCUUCCUGGUCGUCCUAUACUAUGUCUUGUUGAAUGUUUAUUAGAUGCGGCUGCAAUUGUUGUUGAAGCGGCAAAUCAUCAAACACCACCAAUUGCUUUACCAUCGUGGGGUCAUAUGGAAAAGGCAUCAUUCUAUUUAUGCUUAGCGGUUAAAAUCAGUUUGUUAAGUUUGUUUCAACAACGUCGUCUUGUUGGAUCAAUUAGUCGAUUAUUAGCUUGUCAACAUCAAGAAACACGUUUGUUAACAUUAUUAAAUACAAUACCAAAAGAUGUGACUACUGCAUUAACAAUGUGUGAAAUUCUUUGCCAAUUAUUAGGCCCACCCAUAACAUCAUCAACAUCUCCAUCGUCUUUGUCAUCAUCAUCAUCAUCAUUACGUAUAUUAAAUAAAUUUGAUUAUCAUUCCACUGCAUUGAUGAAUCUAUGGUGGUGGUCAUCACUUGGUAUAAUUGUUCAUUCAGAUACUUAUCCAGUUCAUUCUGUCGCUGAAUUUGUAUUAAAUUAUUUAUUGGAUACACAAAAAAUCAAUCAAUUAGUUUCAUUCAACACAUGUUGGACAAAUUCGUUUAAUAAUAACAAUAAUGGUGGAAGUAGUAGUAACAGUAGUUGUAGUAGUAGUAGUAGUAGUACCAAUAAUAACAAUAAUAUUUCCUCAAUUCGUAUUGAUGAUAUGGUAUUUACAUUAGUGACAAGAGCAAUGAGAUUUCUGUUCUUGAAAAUUAUUCAUUAA